GCAAGUUGCGGAGUGUUGUUACGUGGAGCGCGGGUUUAAUUUGAAAACAUAAAAUGGCGGAGAGUGAGUCUCGAAAUCUAACAGAAAGUGUGAAGACCAGUGGUGACAUUAUGACGUUACCAAACAAGGAUAUCUACACUGGCACCAAAAGAGCCGGCUCCAGGAGUGCCAGCCCGGAACGCCCCCAUAAGUCUCCACGCACCACACAAUCUGAGUCCUGCGCCCCUAACCCCGAAACCAGGGAGGAGCAAUCUGAGAACCGGGAGGGAAUUCAGGUGGAAGACGCACACCAGGAGGGAAUUCACGUGAAGGAGGCACACCAGGAGGGAGUGCGUUUGGCGGAGGCACUCCAGGACGGAAUGCAGCUGGAGGGGGCACACCAGGAGGGAGUGCAGGUGAAGGAGGCACACCAGGAGGGAGUGCAGGUGAAGGAGGCGCACCAGGAGGGAAUGCAGCUGGAGGGGGCACACCAGGAGGGAGUGCGUUUGGCGGAGGCACUCCAGGACGGAAUGCAGCUGGAGGGGGCACACCAGGAGGGAGUGCAGGUGAAGGAGGCACACCAGGAGGGAGUGCAGGUGAAGGAGGCACACCAGGAGGGAGUGCAGGUGAAGGAGGCACACCAGGAGGGAGUGCAGGUGAAGGAGGCGCACCAGGAGGGAAUGCAGCUGGAGGGGGCACACCAGGAGGGAGUGCAGGUGAAGGAGGCACACCAGGAGGGAGUGCAGGUGAAGGAGGCACACCAGGAGGGAGUGCAGGUGAAGGAGGCGCACCAGGAGGGAAUGCAGCUGGAGGGGGCACACCAGGAGGGAGUGCAGGUGAAGGAGGCACACCAGGAGGGAGUGCAGGUGAAGGAGGCGCACCAGGAGGGAAUGCAGCUGGAGGGGGCACACCAGGAGGGAGUGCAGGUGAAGGAGGCGCACCAGGAGGGAAUGCAGGUGCAGGAGGUGUACCAGGACGGAAUGCACCAGGAGGGAAUGCAGCUGGAGGGGGCACACCAGGAGGGAAUUCAGCUGGAGGGGGCACACCAGGAGGGACAGAUGAAGGAGCAAGAGAGCAAGGGAGAUGGCCCAGCCCUAAGCCCUCACAGCCGGCGGAAGUCCUGGAGGAGGUCGGCUCGAAUGAGGCGCUCGUUCCCCGCCCUGCCCAGCAGCACCCUUGCUCUGUCCAGGGCUAUCAGCCCCUCCCUGCCAGAGGAGGAGAGGCUGGAGAAGCUGAUGGAAGCCUCCAUGCAGCAGGCCCUGCUGAAGCUGCAGGAAUCUCUGCAGAGCACCCCAGGGGCCAGCCUGGACCGUCUGCAGGAGCAGGUGGAAACUGUUCAAAGGGAGUGGUGUCGUCUGGCACAGGAUAUCCGGGAGCAGGGACAAAGUGGGCCGUCCCAAACCAACACGGAGAGUGACCCUGGCAUGCAGAGGACAAUGGAUCAGAUCAGGAAGUCAAUCCACAGAUUACAGACAGAGUGCGGAUUGUGGGAUUCUCUUCUGCUCAGGCAUCGCAGCAAAGCAGACGAACUGGCCAGGCGUGUGGAGCAGGGGCGGGCAGAGGGCGUGGCCGUGGACGCUUCCUGUCUGGCUCAGUCCACACAGAGCCAGUUUAUCCUCAGUAAGCCAGACUACCACAGUGCCCUCCUCAGGCAGCAAACAGUACUACACAACAUGGAGCUAAUGAUGGACACUCAGUGUAAGAUGAUGAGGCAGUUGCUGUCCUUCCAGGAACAGUGUCACAUGCUGGUGAAAGAGACCAGCGGGAGAUUAGCCUCGAGUGCCGGUUUCCAGAUCCUCCCAUCGUCCCCCGUCCGGAAGCUCCUUGCAGGAUCUAACGGCUUCAAGCAUGACCCUUUGACCUCUGACACGGCAGGCCAUGCGCUGUUUCCAUGACAAUGGAGCAGAUCUGAGUUCCCUGUCUCUGCAUUUGCAUCAGACAGCAGGGCAGGGUGGUGUAUCGGGGCUAAAAAUCUGUACCUAUUUCUGCUUGCAGUGAAACCAUGAAGUCAGCCUUGGCUGAUCCUGCGUUUAAGGUCCUGUACUGUCAAUGUGGAUUUAGUAUAGAUUUUUUUUUGUGAAGACUAGCCUCUGUAAAUUUGGGGGGGGGGGGGGAGAAUAUUACACUAGAAUAUUGUGACUGCAACUGUAUGAUUUCUGUCUGUAUAUCUCAUUCUACUCAUCCUAACCUGGUAUAAAUCGUUUCUUAUCCAUUUAA